AGGCGCCGUCCGUCCUCUGACAGAUCCAUCUGUGUGCAGUCAUUUUUGCUGCACCAGAGCCAUCCACCAGCAGAAACUCCUUUCUUUUUGGUUCCUCCGCCAUUGGGCUUGCUGAGAGUCAAGCGCUCUGUCGUGCCUAUUCUUGGUGGUAUGUCCUCAUGGUGUGUUGUGUUUAGAUCCCCUGACAACCAGGAGCUGCUGUGAGGUAACCGUUUGCUGCCCGCCGCCUCUCUGAACCACCAGUGACAUGCUGCCCAGGAGGGAUCACGAGAGAGAUCUGGAGCUGGAUAAGAAGAUCGAGGCUCUCCGCAGGAAGAACGAGGCGCUCAUGAAGCGGUACAAGGUGAGGGAAGUGGAAGAGGACAAGAAAAAGGCAGAAGUGGAAGGAAUGGCACUGCAGAGCAGUAAGGGAAAAGCCGAUGAUCUCAUCGUCACCAUCAGCAAGUCUACAGAAGAUGGUCGUGUAGUGGUGACGAAGCCUCUCAGCAGUGGCUCUCCGCCUGAAAAAGGGCAACAGGAGCCUAGGCCUGACAGAGUAGGUGAGAGUCCAGUUCAGGGUUCUGGGAGAGGCCACAGGAAGCAGCUGACUGUCACCAUGACAGCUAAAAAGGGUAAGAGGGUGGUGAGCGAGAGAGCAGAGAAGAGACCGGGUUCUUCAGAUCUUAAGAGUCCCGCAUGUGAUGGACAGAUGAGGAGUGUGGAGUCAACAGGACGAGGAAAGCAGACGUCUCAGUCGACCAGGAAAGAAACAUCAUCAUCAUCAUCAUCAUCAUCAUCAUCAUCAUCAUCAUCAGCAGCAGCAGCAGCAGCAGCAGCAGCAGCACAGGAGGAGGUCAACCAAGGUCAGAGGCCCACUGAGGAGCAGAGUGAGGCGCCAGAGCAGUGUCAGGAGUCGGAGAACCUGCAGACCCUCGCAGACCUCAACGUCCCGACGUCCCGGGAGGAGCAGGAGGAGUACCUGCGGUGGAAGAAGGAGCGUGAACAGAUCGACAGGGAGAGGGUGGCGCGACACAAAAACGAUAAGGGCCAGUGGAGACGGGCGUGGGACGUGGACAAAACAGAGAGCAUGUUUUCAGACAAAUGUCUUCCUGCUAGAGACUGGGGGCCUUCGAGCAGAGGGGGACGGAGUGUAAAGAGAGGGCAGCAAAAGGCAGGAAGUGACUCUAAAGGUCAUGGCAGACGAGGCAAAGACAAGGCAGCUAAGAAUGUGCUUGUGAUGAGCAGCAAAGCAAAAGGCAAAGAUCGCCUGACCGGGAGGGCCAGGAGAUGGCAGGACAACGAUGAUGGAGAAAACCAACAGACGUCUGAUACAACCCUGGAGGAAUUCCUUGAGGAACGUGAUGCUCUCACAGACGCUAACAAACAGGAUCUGAAGGAUCAGGGCUCCAAAGCAAAGCCGGAUCCAGAGAGUGCAGCUGGAGAAGUCAGUGUUUCUGAUGGUCUGAGAGAGGAAAACGUCACUCAGAAGAAAGCAGAGUCCUCUCCAUCUCGAGGUGUGGAGAAGAAGGUACGUUUCUCUGAGGAUCUCAUCCAGGCGGCUGCGGCUAAGCAAAGCUCUCUGGAUUCUGCAGACUCCAAAGGCCCCUUCAAAGCAUCCUCACCCAAAAAGAACCAGCAUGGAUCGAAGCCUUCUGAAAGUGCCAAGCAGGACUAUGGUAGUUCUCAGGAUAAAGGUGGAGGUCGUUCUGCUCCUCCUGUUGUCCAGAAGCAAGAAACAGAGAAAAUUCAAGCAAACAGCAACGCCCCUCCCACUAAUAAACCCUGUGCCUGCUUGCACGAGAGCUUGGUGCAGCCCGUGGAGGUGUCCAAAUGCAACAGCAGCAGACCAAACACAGAAGAGCUGAGGGACUCCAGUUUGUCUGUCCUGAGGAUGGAGUCAGGAGAAACACACCCAACUCACUCCGCCAGCAGCGACAAGGCAAGAGAGCACGGGAAGAUCGUUUGACCUUCUGGAAUAUAAAUAUCGAACACUUUGGAUGCUUUUGCAGCUUCCAGAGCAGAGCCGUUUGUUUCGUUUGCUGCAGUGUGUCCUUCCUGAGUCUGACACGUGAAUCGGGCAACACUGAUCACACCGAAGCACUUUACGCAGGACUGUUUUGACACUUUUUUUGGGGAACGUUGUUGCCUGAGUGCAAUAUGAUUGAAUGUUUACAUUUGUAGGAAGAUUUUAAGGCACAUAUCAGGAGUGCCCGUUGUAAUAAACAAAGCCACAGUCGGAUUAUUUAGUGCCUGAUUCUGCUUCUUUUGAGCAAACUUUGUAUUUAAUUUAAGUAGAAUCUGAAUGAAUUGCCUGAAAACUGACUGAUUUUUUUAAUCUGCUUUUUCUGAACAAAAUUAUUAUAAUUUAACAUAUUUUUUUGGUAAUGCACAUAUUUGGAGCAAGAAACUGACCAGACCAGUUGCAUAGGAGAUCUAUUUUUUAGCAUAUGAAGCUCAUUUCAGCUAUUUUGGACACAGGUGGCAAAACGCUGGAAGUAACUCAAUUUCUGUUCUAAGAAACUAAAGAAAAAUGUAUCUUAACUCCAGUUUUUUAAAAGGUGGAAGCUUAAAUCGACAACUUUUGGUCAUUUUUGAUCAAAUCAAAAUAAAUUACCAUAAGUGCAUUUUUAGCUCAUUUGUUUCUUCAGUAGAGUGCGCUGACUGGAAACUUCAGUGGUUAAACUAAGAAGUUGCCUUGGUUUGUUUUGCUGGGGAAGUUAAACUACUUUUUCUACCUUUCUGCAUCGAAUGAAGCAAAAACUCAGCUGUGUAACAAAGUUGAUCUGAUUUUAUAGAGAAGAGCCUUCGUUACAAGCUGUGUGAAGUUUAGGCGUGAUGCAACGUGUCUUUUCAGGUCGAGUAAACAAUCAGAAGACAACAAUGGUUGAUGAAUUCCCAGUCCAAACACUGGGAUUUAUCUGGAAUUCUCCUGUUUUUUUCUCAUAACCACAAAAACAGCUAAAAAAAGCAUAUUUUCUUGAAGAAACACCCAAUCGUUGUGCCUUGCUUAUCAUUAUCUUCCUUUAAUGAAGAUGCCUUUCAAUUUCAUGGCUUGUAUCAUGACGAUUACAUGCACUGUGGUGACAGUGCAACAGCGUGCACCAUUUUAUUUAUUUGCCUUAUGGGCAGACGUGCAGAAUGUUGCUGUUUCUCUGUUUGAGUUUUUAUUUAUUGCUAGUUUUGCUGUAUUUUCCUUCUUUUUAACGAUAAGAAGCCUUACAAGAACUCUGUUCUCAGAUGCGUUUGUGGCUUUCGUCGGAGCUGCGGCAUCGUAAACGGUUAUGUAACGCCGAGUGGAGAACACAGAUGUGUGUGGAGGUUACAUAAAAAACAAAUCAUCAGCAAAAAAGAAGGAAACGCGAGGAUUAGGGCACAACGUUUGGAUACGGUCCGUUCACCAGGAAACGGAUGCGGGCCUUGGGUAGAUGAAAAAGGUAGCAUCUGUUAGAUAAACAGGUGACCUUUGUCACCUUUAAACUCCCUGUGGGAUUCAGUGUUGCAUGCCGUCAUAGAUUAGUUAGAUGUAACACAUCCGUGCAAGCUGUAGGAGGUGAUAGUUUUGUUUCACCUGCGUGUGAAAUCUACGAGUGUGUCAGCGUUGUGCUGCUCCAUUCACUGUAGGUCAAGUCUGAGGAAUCAGACCGCAUCAAUAAAGGUUUGUUCUGCA